UCAUUUGAGUGACUGUUGGUUCAUGCAUUUCCGGUUACUCUUCCAGUCGAGUUUUAAUCAAGAAGAAAUCAAUCAAAGAACAAAUACCAUGUCGCAAUCAAACGACGUUUACCUGCAAUGUUCACCCUCAGUUGCCUUCACCGUUUUGAGCCAAAUCUUGACCAGCAGUGGCUUUCCGAUCGAUGAACCGGACCCUCGUAAAAUAGCCAAAGUACUCAGCCCAGCCAAAGCUUUGCCGCCUGUUGCCAUGGUUUCGAUCCCGCUGGACGACGACGUUGUGGAGAAGGAACAUUAUAGAGAAAGGACACCAGAAGUGGCGGAGGCGUCGAUAUCAGAUCAAAUUUCUCACGAACAAGUGCCCGGUUCUUUGCAGUUUGCUAGCGGUGGUGCUGGUGGCCCUACCACAAGCACGCCGCUUCCCAGGAUCCCCCAGUUGAUCAACCUUUCGAUGGAGCAUUUUAACUUCAACGAAGUUGAGCUAGCACUGAUGGAGGAGUGUUCCGUCAUCGACGAGGAAAACAUGGAGCUGUCCUACCUGAGGCAAACGCUGUCGCUCAGCAUGCUGGAAGCUGAGUUCCUGCGAAUGCAGCUCAGAAUGUUCAAUCUGAAGGCGCGUUCCAUUUUGGAACUGUUCCAGUACUGCGAUGGCUCCAACGCUGGCUUUUGCCGUUGUCCAGAAAUUCGGAAGCGGAUCUUUGAGAUGGGAAUUCUGGUUCAACGCCAAUGAAGGGUAUGUUUCUUUCAAUUUCAUACAUUUACCUCAAACCUGUUCAGUAUCAAUGUGCGACGAUUUAUUACACGUAUUUUGGAUCAAUGGAUUCUAGAAUUCAGCGGAUUUAGUAUCCGCCCGGUGAUCAGUGCCAAGUCCAACUCCUUAUCUAGGAUGCAGAACAAAAAUGGAUAGUUGAUGGCCAGUUCGAUUGGGUUUUUAUACAGUGACGUAAAUCCUGUAAAAGAAAAUGAUAUUUGUUAAAA